UCUUCCACAGUAAGAGAGAGAGAGAGAGAGAGAGAGAGAGAGAGCAGACACAACCAUAUGUUAUGUAAAGAAGAAUGUAAAAUGAUCACAACUACAAAUUACAUAUUACACACGCUUCACUAAGCACAGACCAUAGAGCAAACCUCAAGAGAAAAACCUCCACCACUAACCAUAUAUAGCCCCACCUCCUCUCUUCCAGUGCCAACCACUCCCGUUCGGUAUGGAUAGUCACGUCACCGUCAAGGAAGCCGUUUUGAUCAUCCCGUCCGAGCCCACUCCGUUCAAGAUCCUCGCCCUCUCGGCCCUCGAUUCGCAGCUCUUCCUCGGCUUCAACAUCGAGUACCUCCUCCUCUACAAGCCCCGCCCCGGGUGGUCGGAUCGCGGCCGCGUGACGGCCCGCUUGAAGGCCGCGCUCGCCGGAGCCCUGGUCCCGUAUUAUCCGCUCGCCGGCAGGGUCGAGGCCAGCCCGGACGGCUCGAGGCUCGAGGUGGUGUGUCGGGCGCAAGGCGCGCUUUUCAUCGAGGCCGUGGCCGACAACAUCGUGAUGGGCGACCUCGAGCGGCCCCCGAAUCACGUGACGGAGUGGCGGGGCCUCCUGUCGCUCCACUUGGCCGACUUGCUCAAGGAGGCCCCCCCGCUCGUCGUCCAGCUGACGUGGCUCGCGGACGGCGCCGCGGCGCUGGCCGUCGGCAUCAAGCACUGCCUGUGCGACGGCAUCGGGAGCGCCGAGUUCCUCAACUCCUUUGCCGAGCUGGCCAAGCUCGGAGGAGGACUCGCCGCCCUCAAGCUCAAGGCCAAGACCGUCUGGGAUCGCCACCUCAUGGACCCGCCUAUGCCGCGGCGUCUUUCUUGCGGCGGCGUGCACGGCUCGGGAGCGCAAACUCACCCCGAGUUCAGCCGAGUUCCCGACCUCUGCAGCUUCACAUCUCGCUUCGUCAACGAAAGGCUCGUCCCGACCUCGAUCACCUUCAACGGGGCCUCCGUCGACGAGCUCAAGAGGCUCGCCUCGUCCUCGUGUCGACUCGGCGACUCAGCAUUCACGUCGUUCGAAGUCGUCACGGCUCAUAUAUGGAGGAGCUGGGCAAGAUCGCUAGACCUGCCUCCGAAUCAGACGCUAAAGCUUCUCUUCAGCGUGAACGUUCGGAGCCGAGUCAAGCCGAGCCUCCCGAGUGGGUACUACGGCAACGCGUUCGUUCUCGCGUGCUCGCAGGCCAGCGCCAAAGACGUCACGGAGAAGGGUCUUGGGUUCGCGGCGAUGCUGCUGAAGAGAGCGAAGGACAGAGUCGACGACGAGUACGUGAGGACGGUGGUGGAGACGGUGAGCGAGUCGACGGCGUGUCCUGACUCGGUGGGGGUCCUCAUAGUGUCGCAGUGGUCGAGGCUCGGACUGGACAGGGUUGACUUCGGGAUGGGGAGGCCGGUCGGCGUGGGGCCCGUCUGCUGCGACCGGUACUGCUUGCUCCUCCCGGUGCACGACCGGAGCGACGCCGUGAAGGUGGUGGUGGCGCUCCCCGCCAGUGCCGCCGACAGAUAUGAGUGCUUGGUCAAGAGCCCAUGCACGUGAACGCACGGUGCCGUCCCGGCCCAGCUAGUUGACUUUUCAAACAUCAGGCUAACACGAAUUACAUCUUUCUAAACCUUACGAGAACAUCGUCGGCACAGAAAAGCUUCUCAGACUCAAGACAGUUUUUAUGUGUUGAAUGUCGAUCCUCAAUCUCAGUAACUUCCGAUCAAUUUGUCCAUAGACACGCAUAUGGCGAUUGAGGCCAUUUCUAUAUAAUCUAUAUAUUGGGCCAAUUCGUUA